GCCGGGGGAGGGCGCGGGAGGGAGGAAGUCUGAGAGACAGAGAGAGGAGCGCUCCUGAAGGGAGACGUCGGGCUCGUCCCCGGGGUCCCCGCCGUGGUCCCAGCUCGCGGGCGCAGCUGCCCGGCACGCAGCCUCUUUGGUUCUACGGGCCCGUAGGCCAUUGCGCAAGACAGGGGCCAGAGGCUCAGGGGAGGGAUGCGCCGGGCGUUGCCUCCGGCCCGCUGCCGCCGCCGCCGCCGCCAGAAGCCCCAGUGGAGCUGAGGGAGGCGACGCCGAAGCUCUGGCUCGGAGUGGCCACCGCUGCAGCCCGGGCGGCGGAAUAGGGCGCUCGCCCGGCUUCUGGGCCGACCCCGUUCCGGCGCCUCCGUUCCCGGCCGGGGGCCCGCCCCUGUGGCCAGGCCUCGUUCCCCGGUCCCAGAUGACCACCGAGGGCGGGCCGCCGCCGCCCCCGCCGCGCCCGCCGCCGGCCCCGCUCCGCCGCGCGUGCAGCCCGGCCCCUGGCGCACUCCAGGCCGCCUUGAUGAGCCCGCCGCCCGCCGCCGCCGCCCUGGAGACCACCUCGUCGUCCUCAUCGUCUUCCUCAGCCUCCUGUGCCUCCUCCUCUUCCUCCUCCAACUCGGCCAGCGCCUCCUCUGCCGCCUGCAAGAGCGCGGGUGGCGGCGGCGGCGGCGCGGGCGCCGGGAGUGGGGGCGCCAAGAAGGCGAGCUCGGGGCUGCGGCGGCCAGAGAAGCCUCCUUACUCGUACAUCGCGCUCAUCGUCAUGGCCAUACAGAGCUCGCCCAGCAAGCGCCUGACGCUCAGCGAGAUCUACCAGUUCCUGCAGGCGCGCUUCCCCUUCUUCCGCGGCGCCUACCAGGGCUGGAAGAACUCCGUGCGCCACAACCUCUCGCUCAACGAGUGUUUCAUCAAGCUGCCCAAGGGCCUCGGGAGACCCGGCAAGGGUCACUACUGGACCAUCGACCCGGCCAGUGAGUUCAUGUUCGAGGAGGGCUCGUUCCGCCGCCGGCCCCGCGGCUUCAGGCGGAAAUGCCAGGCGCUCAAGCCCAUGUACCACCGCGUAGUGAGUGGCUUGGGCUUCGGGGCCUCGCUGCUGCCACAGGGCUUCGACUUCCAGGCGCCCCCAUCGGCGCCUCUCGGGUGCCACGGGCAGGGCGGCUACGGAGGCCUCGACAUGAUGCCUGCGGGCUACGACGCCAGCACAGGCGCCCCGGGCCACGCGCAUCCGCACCACCAUCAUCAUCACCACGUCCCGCACAUGUCGCCCAACCCCGGAUCCACCUACAUGGCCAGUUGUCCCGUGCCCGCCGGGCCUGGGGCUGUCGGAGCUGCUGGGGGCGGCGGCGGAGGGGAUUACGGCCCGGACAGCAGCAGCAGCCCAGUGCCCUCAUCCCCAGCCAUGGCGAGCGCCAUCGAGUGCCACUCUCCCUACACGAGCCCCGCGACGCACUGGAGCUCGCCCGGCGCCUCGCCUUACCUCAAGCAGCCGCCCUCCCUGACGCCAAGCAGCAACCCCGCAGCCUCGGCAGGCCUGCAUUCGAGCAUGUCCUCCUAUUCGCUGGAGCAGAGCUACCUGCACCAGAACGCCCGGGAGGACCUCUCAGUGGGACUGCCUCGAUACCAGCAUCACUCUACCCCAGUGUGUGACAGAAAGGAUUUUGUCCUCAACUUUAAUGGCAUUUCUUCUUUCCAUCCCUCUGCAAGCGGACCAUAUUAUCACCAUCAUCACCACCAGAGUGUCUGCCAGGAUAUUAAGCCCUGUGUCAUGUGAAUGGAGGGAAGGAGGCCAUGCCCUGGCCGCUCUCUGCUCUCUCUUCUGCAGGGCAGAAUGAACUGAGGUGGACUCCCCCACUAUGCACGGCGCUAGCACUAAGUAGCACACCAGUCACUUAGCCAGAAUCCCCAGGCCAGCGCUGUUCACUGAUACUUGUCUACCAUUGGUAGAAGGACAACCCUGGCAAUACCCUAAUAUGAAUAUAUGCAGGAUCCCCACGAGGGAGAGAGCCAACAGAGAACUCAGCUUUUUAGCGGAUGGUAAAAAGUUACCACAUGAAAAACAUAAACUGUAACUCUGGGAUCUUCAUUACCUUCAGUCAUCAGGGUCUGAAAAACGCAAGUUGUGUGUUUGUGUUUUUCUUUGUCUAUGAAAAUUUUUGUGCUUUUCAAAAAGGCAGUGCUAAGCACAAGACUUCAAGAAAGCCUCAUCUUGUUGCCUAGCCAAAAGAGAGUUCUGUUCCGCCAAACACUAAGUUUGGAUACAGGUGCCAAAGAACAUUAUUAAGAAAGUAUUUAGAAACAAUGUGUCUAGUUUAAGAAAGUGGUUUUCAGUAUUGUGACAAUACAACGUUUUUUUACAAGGUUGUUUUCUACCACCAUAUUUUAAAGAUAUUUUUAUGAUUUUCGUGUAUACUCACACUUUGCUUGUAUUUUAAAAGGAGGAUAUAUUUGCACUUAUGUAUACUUUUACAGUUUGCCAAACUAUUUUGAUGUAAAAUUUUUUCAAUAAAAUAUAUAUA